GCUUGAUUUUUUAGGCGGAGUGGCAAAUGUUUACAAAUUUUGUUUACUGUGUAUUAUUCAAGGUUCUGAGCCGCGUUCUUCGGUUGUUUCGUGGUUUAUUUACUAGUUAUCUAAUUACUGACAUAGCAGACUGCGAACAUAGGAGGUGCUGCAAUUCGCAAUGCCAUCACCAGCACUUAGUGACCAUGAGGUUAGCAGCACGAGCUCUCCGGGUGUGACUGCGGCAGCUGCAGACUCAGUAACUGAUGGUGGCGGUGAUGCUCUGCCGCACAGUACGAGUGCAGAUAGCCAGGAGGACGGCUCUGCGGACGAGGGGGACGCGGACGACUGCAUCUACCCGGCGGCCGGCUAUGAGUACCUGGACCACCCCGCCGACGUGCAGAUCCACGCCUGGGGCACUUCGCUGACGGAGGCCUACGAGCAGGCGGCGCUGGCCAUGUUCGGCUACAUGACAGACCUCGACACUGUGGAGGCGUGUGACACGCAGGAGGUCACCGCCCAGGGUCACGACCUCGAGUCGCUGCUCUUCCACUUCUUGGACGAGUUCCUGUUCAUGUUCUCGGCGGAGCCGUUCUUCGUCGCCAGCCACGUGGAAAUUGUCGAGUUUGACCGGGUGCAGUUCCGGAUACGUGCCCGGGGCUACGGAGAGUCGUUUGACCUUGACAAACACCCUCAGGGCACCGAGGUCAAGGCAAUCACGUACUCGAACCUGCAGGUCCAUGAUCAUGAAGACCAACACGAGGUGUUUGUCAUUGUGGACAUUUAGUGUUGGUUGUAGUGGGGUGGGAGGGUGGGAUGGAUUGCGAGGAUGUGCGGUUUGCAAAUGGCAGUUGGUGCGAUGUGGAUCGGAUGGUUUUCGUACAGAGUAUGUGGUAAGGUGUGCCUGAGACAUGUCUCCAUUGUCGUUUGCCUUUUGAGUGAAAUGAGUUGUUGACACUUUGACCGAGGCUCCUUGUUUUGUCGUGGCCAUGACAUGGUGUAUCCGCUUUGCUUUGCUUUGCCUGGAGAUGGUUGCGAGUCCUGUCACUUGAUGUCUGAUAUUAGUUUCGCUUGUAUUAUUAGGGCGGUUGGUACUUUGUUCAGGACAACUAUAUGAACAGUUAAUUUUUCAUCUUGGAAGAGCUGUUCCCAAAUUAUUGUAAGCUAGGUUGAUUUCUCUGCUAACAAACUUUACCUGGAAGUUGUGCUAUAUAUUUAACUGAAGUGGAGAAGCACUUGAAACGUGAGCCCUAAAAUUGAACAUCGACUUGUGAAUCAUGAGUUACGACUUAUUUAUGUUUAUAUGUGAUUAAAUGCCUAUCCACAAAUGGAUGUGGAGUUCAAAUACACGUUGACAUUUUAUC